AUGAGUGCCAUCACCAGCGCUGCCGAUGCGGUCAAGCUCCCGGAGCCAUUCGCGUCCAUUCCCCGCGAACCCCUUCUCUUCGGCCCUUCACCAAUCCAGCACCUACCUCGUAUCUCCAAGGCACUCGGAGGCAAGGUGAACAUCUACGCGAAGAGAGAGGACUGCAACUCGGGCUUUGCCUAUGGCGGCAACAAGACGAGGAAACUCGAGUACUUCGCCCCGGACGCCAUCGCCUCCGGCUGUGACACGCUCAUCAGCAUCGGCGGCGUGCAGUCCAACCACACGCGGCAGGUCGCUGCGUUGGGGGCCAAGCUCGGCCUCAAGGUCGCCCUGGUGCAGGAGAAGUGGGUCGACUGGGAGGACCCCGUCUACGAGAAGGCCGGCAACAUCCAGCUAUCGCGGCUCAUGAACGCCGAUACCAGGCUCGACCCUUCGCCUUUCGGCAUCGAGCACAAGCCCACGCUCAAGAACCUGCAGAAGGAGCUGGCGGACGCGGGGCGUAAGCCCUACUACAUCCCCGCCGGUGCGUCAGACCACCCGCUCGGCGGGCUGGGCUUCGCCAGGUGGGCUUUUGAAGUUGAGCAGCAGGAGAAGGAGCAGGGCGUGUUCUUCGACACGGUUAUAGUCUGCGCCGUCACUGGCUCGACCAUGGCUGGUAUGGUCGCCGGCUUCAAGCUGGCCGAGAAGCUGGGCUCGAGGCCCAGGAAAGUCAUCGGCAUCGACGCCUCCGCCAAGGUCCAGCAGACUGCCGACCAGGUAUUGCGCAUCGCCAAGGCCACUGGAGUCAAGAUCGGUCUGAAGGAGGACGACAUCACGGAGAAGGACAUCAUCCUGGAUGGCAGGUACCACGCGGGUGUAUACGGUAUCCCGGACCAGCAGACCAUUGACGCUAUCAAGUUUGGAGCGGCGACGGAGGCAUUCAUCACGGAUCCCGUCUAUGAGGGAAAGAGCUUGGCUGGAAUGAUGGACAUGGUUCGGAAGGGCGAGAUCGCCGAGGGGUCCAAUGUGCUGUACGCUCACCUUGGUGGCCAAUUGGCCCUGAAUGCUUAUACCUCUAUGUAG